CUUUCACUUCGAUAACGGGGCUUUCCUAUAAACGUUAAAGUGAGAAAACUACAUUCUUUAGACCCCGGAUUUUUUUAUAUGGUUAACGUGAAAUUUCGGUCCUUUAAAUGUCUCUUUAGAAUUAAAAACCAAGUUUAUUUUCCGUUCCGUUUGUGCUUGUGAAAAUUCUUCGGCUUAAACGUUUCAAUCUGUUUUUCGUUAACUUGAAAUUUAAUUAUGGAUUUAUCGCCGAAAAUCUAUGUUUUAUAAUCCGUUGAUUACAUGAUAAUUACUAGUUAAAAAAUGUCUUGGAUGAAGCGCAGAAGUCAUGUCAACCCGAAUACCGUCCCCGGAUCUCACGUUCCACUUUAUAACCCAAAUCAACAUUCAAACCAAGAGAAUCAAUGGUCAAUGACGCAAGAUGUAACAUCAGCACCCCCCAAUAAUUGGUACCCAAAUCAACAGCAACAACAAACACAAAAACCAUAUGGUUUUAAUCAACAGAAUUCUCCUCAACAACCCGAACAACAACAAAAUUAUUGGCAACAACAGCAACAACAACACGAUCAUUAUUCAGGACCUCAGCAAUACCAGCUUCAACAACCACAAUACCACCAACAAAGCUACAAUUAUUAUCAAAACCCAAUUCAACAACAACAAUCCUUAAACGAUCAAUAUAACCAACAAUACGCUCAGUACGCGAAUAACGAAGUACAAAAUAAUCCAUAUAAUAACGUGCAAAGUACUCAAAAUAUCCAAAAUUCACAACAAACAACGGAUACUUGGGGUAAUAAUUGGGGUUGGGGAGAUGAGGAUAACUCAAAUGUCCAACAAAUUCCGCCUCCAAGUGAUAACUCCAAUCAAGCAGCUAUGAUAAGCGAUUCGUUUAACACGGAGGAAUCAUGGAAUUGGAAUGUUGAGGAUUCAACGUCGACGUCUAAAAACGAUGAGUCGAGCGCUUCCGUUUCUCAAGCAAGUUUAGAUUUAUUUCCAAAAAUGGGGAAAUUAUCAGAUAAGCAUCAAAAGAAUUACGAAGAUAACGAAAAAGUAAAUCCAAACGUAACAAAAAUUAAAAAAUUGGAUCAUUUAACACCGCAAUGGUCAACUGAAUCGCAAAUGUCUCAAGAAUCGUCUGAUGAUAUUCUACAAACUUCCGAAAGUGACAAGAUGUUAUCGAGAAGCUCGACGAUCAGUCAGUCUCCAAUUUCAGGGCAAGAAGUGGCCGGUGUGGAUGGUUUGGCGCAAAUUGGAGAGGAAGAGUAUGGUUCUAAGCCGGAAAUAGAAGGUUUUGGUGGGGAAAAUGUUGAAAUAAUUUCGUCGGAAAAUAAAGCGCCAUCUCCUGGUGUAUUACCAAGUCAAUCUCCUAUUUUUGACAGUUUAAAUGAACCUCAAAGGAACUCUUCACCUCCAGGAAUGGUUUUAAAUAAAAAUAAAAACAUUACUCCACCUCCAUCCACAAAAACUAACGAAGCCCCCCCUACUAAAACCACACCUCCUCCCCCAUCCAAUUUUUCAAUCCCAGCACAAAGUCUAUCGAUGAGUGGAGGUGCUUUUAAACGUUUAGGAAAUGUUUCUGUUAAAAGUGGAGGAAUUCCAGAAGGAAGAAGGUCCCCGAAAUACCUCAGAAAUAAAUCACCCGUUUAUAAUCAGAUAAAUUUGGAAACUGUUCCUGAUAAUUCCGAACAACCUGAUAACGUACAGGUGCCAUUAACAAGAAAAGUUAGCUCCGAUGGGUUUAAAGGAUCAAGUCAAAAUCAAAUGCCGGAUAAUAACGAAAUGAUUAGCGAAAGAAAUCAAUAUUUAGAAACUGGAAAGCUUUCUGAUGAAAAUAUAAAACAAGAACCGGUUGAUACACUGUCACCACCCGGGUUACGUCGAAUGGUUCUAGGUCAAAUGGAAACUAACGAAGCUAGACCUACACCAAACGAUGAACCCCCACCGGGAUUAAGCAGAAUGGUUCUUGGACAAACCGAAAGUGGUCCGAAUAUGAAACUUGGUUUUUCGAGAAUGAUUCCGGGUGAGUCAAGCUCCCCAGAAACAUCCAGACAAUACCCACCCCCAGUUUCUUCAUACAUGGAUGAACCACAAGAUUCGGAAGGUGAAAUCAAUCAAGCUCCCCAACAAAGAUCUGCAACAAUCGGAGCUGAUACCCCGCCGGGUCUUCAAACUAACUCAAAUAGAGCAGAAAUAAUUAUCGGGCAAGAUUCGAUUUCUCAAGAAAAUGAUAAAGAACGCCCAGAAAGCAUAGAAGGUCAACCAACUGACCCCGGAACUGUCACAUCAAUCACCUCGGGAUUGCGAGAUCUUACAAUUGACUCAAACACUUCGAUUAUGGAUGAUCCAUCAAUACGUAGAUCCACUUCCGAUAGCGAAGCAGAAGAAGAAUUAAGCAGAUCAUCGAGGGAUAAACAACGAGAUCGGCGAUACACUCGCGAAUCUGACCGUCGUCAACCCGAAAAACAACGCUAUUCCCCCAUGGAAAGCUACGAUCAUAAUACAAAACGAGGUUAUAGAAGGAGAGAUCAACGUCAUUACGACGACGACACCGAUUAUUACAGCGAUCGGGAACAAAAGGAACGUGAAGAUUACGAAAUUAAUCGAAAGUCAACCUCUUUAAGACGUAGUGAUAAAGAUUUAGAUAAAAAUAAGAGACGAAGAGAUGGUUACGAUCGACGCGGUGCAGAACGAUAUGAACGAGAUAUGCCAAGGAAAAAAGAUAAUUAUGAUCAAAAAGAUUAUAAUCGGAAAAGUGAUCGAAAUAAGGAAGGUUAUGAAACCAGGAAAGAUUACGAUAUGGAUCGGAAAGAUGGAAGGGAUUACGGAAAAGGGAAAGAUUAUAAGAGGGAUCGGAGGGACUAUGAAACAAGUAGAAAUAAAGGUGAUUAUUAUGAUAGGUAUGGAAGGUAUGAUGAUCGAUAUGAUGACCGAUCGAGGCCUUCAAGUCGAUCGGAUUCGAUGAGGGAAGGAUUUAGAGAUCGUGAUGAAGAAAGGAGAUAUAGGGAUUCGAGAGGUUCAAGGAGGCAUAAUCGCGAUUUUAAUCCUUAUAUGCAAGGUUUUGGUUAUGAUCCUUAUAACCCUUAUUAUCAACAAUAUCAAAUGUACUAUGAAAAUAUGCGUCGAACAAAUCCCCAGGCUUACGCUGAAUGGUAUCGGAAAUAUUAUCAGCAAGCAACUGGUGCGGCACCAUCGAGUGCUUAUGGUACAGAAGAUAGAGCGUCCGUUCAUUCGGGGCGUAGCUCAGCUAAUGAAGAACUGAAAGAGAGGUAUUUGCGUCAGACUUAUUAUGGUCACACCGCGCUUCCGCACUUAGGCGGAUACUACAGAGAUGCGCACAGUGUUUCGGGCCAAUAUGGCCUUGACGAGUCUAGGUGAGGCUAAGAAUUUACAAAAUUAU